GAGAUGUGUCUCUGACGAACGGGUGUGUGGACAUUUAAACGGGAUGCCUUGGUGAGUUAUUUAUAUCACAAACAGAAAUGCUAGGUGCACGGAAUUAGAAGACAGAACAGUGUUCUAGCGUUUAUGUAUCACAAAUUUCCUCUACUCUCCGAUGAGUUUCUGCAUGCAACAUACACCCUUGCGGGGAUUGUGGAACCUUUAAAAAAUCGAAACACAGAUAAUUGUGAAGCAAAUUUCAAAUUAUUGCAAAGUAGUUUAUGGUUAAUGCAUGUUUCCAGGCAUAUAUACUACUUCUAACUAUAUGGCCGUUGCAUAAGUAUAGGGCUCGAGAGGUAUGGCUUGAUAAGGGUUCAACCAAAGAAACAUCAUUUGGGCAUGGUGAAGCUCGAUGCUUGAAGCGGAGUGACCUUAUCAAUACACUAGCAGAUGCUUUGCCACCACAUACAAUACAUUUUGGGUGCCAGAUAGUAGGUGUUAAGCUGGAUCCUUUAACUUCCAAUCCAAUUCUCCAACUGCUUGAUGGCAGGUGUAUUGUUGCCAAGGUUUUGAUUGGAUGUGAUGGAGCAAAUUCGGUGGUAGCUGACUUCCUUCAGUUAAAACCCCCAAAAGCAUUUCCCCUGUCUACUGUAAGAGGUUUGACGAAGUAUCCAAGUGGCCAUGCAUUUGCCCAUGAAUUUGUCCGAAUGAGGAGGAAUAACAUUAUGGUAGGAAGAGUUCCAAUUGACGAUAAGUCAGUUCACUGGAUGGUGGGUCAACAAUCCACUCCUAAAGACGCCAGGGCUUUACAAAACCCAGACCUUAUUAGACAGUCAACCCUACCCUUAAUCGAUGGUUUCCCACCUGAAAUUCAACAAAUGAUCGAAGACAGUGACGUAAAAUCAUUAUCUCUCACGCGCUUGAGAUAUCGUGCUCCAUGGGACUUGCUAUUGGGAAAUUUUCGAAAAGGAACAGUAACAGUAGCUGGGGAUGCAAUGCAUGUUAUGGGUCCAUUCCUUGGACAAGGUGGUUCGGCAGGUUUGGAAGAUGCUAUUGUUCUCGCUAGAUGUUUGUAUCAGAAACUUAGUGAAGUUGAUCAAAUCCAAAGCCGAAGUCAGAUGAUGAUGCAUAAAGUUGGAGAAGCAAUGGAUCAGUAUGUGAAAGAGCGGAGGAUGAGGGUGGUGAGAUUGUCGAUGCAAACUUAUCUCACUGGUUUGCUAGUGGGACCUUCAUCAAUGUUGGUGAAAUUGGCUAGUAUUGUUUUGAUGGUUAUUUUCUUUCGUAACCAAAAUGAUCAUACUAGGUAUGAUUGUGGUCUCUUGUGAUGUAGAAACUUCGCUAUAUAAAUUGUUUUUGUUGUUGUUUCU